GGUCCUGGAUAAAAUGCAUGCUCGUGGUAGCGGGCCUCGUGUCAUGAUUACAAGACAGCCUACAGAAGGGAGAAGUCGAAAUGGAGGACUACGUGUGGGAGAGAUGGAACGUGAUUGUUUGAUUGCAUAUGGGGCGAGCAUGUUGAUUUUUGAGCGCUUGAUGCUUUCUAGUGAUCCUUUUGAGGUUCAGGUGUGCAGAAAGUGUGGGUUGUUGGGAUAUUACAACUAUAAGCUAAAAACUGGCAUUUGUUCAACAUGUAAGAAUGGGGAAAAUAUUUCUACCAUGAAGUUGCCGUAUGCGUGCAAGCUCUUAAUUCAGGAACUGCAAUCAAUGAAUAUAGUUCCUCGCUUAAAGGUUACUGAGGCCUGAUUCAUUCAGUAUUCCUGCCAAUGCUAGUCAACUGCUACAGAAUUUGAUCAAAAAAAAAAAAAAAUGCUACAGAAUGAUAAGGAGGCAUGUUUGUUCGUUAUAAUACCGUUGCCUAACUUGAUGAAUAUUUGUUGUUGCGGAGUAGAAACCAUUAUUGUUGAUCGUGGUUUGCAGAGCUGUACAUUCUUCUUCCUGGGUUUGCAGUAUGCUUCCAAUAAUGGGCUAAAUUAUUAAGCAAAUGCUUGAGGCUCUUUCUAGAAAUUGAUGCUCAGAGAGUUGAUCAUGUAGAUGUAUUAGUGUAUAGAUUGCUGUGAAUCCAGGACCAUUACGUAAAGAAUGGUUCACUUUGAAUCUCGUAUUGGAAGAGUUAGUUUAUGAUCAAAUGCACUCUGUAUUUAUUUGUUUAUAUGUUUGUGUCUGUUGCUGCAAAUGUGAACCACACACCAACUGAUUUUGGAAAAUGGAUGAAGGAGGGGGAACUCAUUGUGGGGGAAGAAUUUUGGACUUCUUAUGUCAAAUUAUUGAUGAAAUAAUCAGCUCGUUUGGUUGGAGUAUUAAAGGGUGGAUUACAGAGUCAUAAUAGAUUAAGACUCUCUAAUCUAAUCUUAUGUUACAUUUGGUUGUGAAAAAUACUUUUUAUUAUAUACAAGUCUUAU